UGUUCUGUCCAUAGUUCCCAUCUGUCUCACUUGCCUAUGAGAAAGCAGAGAGUGAUAUUAUGCACAUUAAACCGCGAAACCCUCGCAAGGAUCGACUGGUGAAUGAGCAACUUGCAGCGUAUUCCUACUUCCAGAUCGGAGUCAUCCAGUCGUUCGCUGGAUUCACCGACUAUUUCACCGUGAUGGCUCAGGAGGGCUGGUACCCGCUAUUGUGUAUCGGACUCCGUGCCCAGUGGGAGGACCAGAGCCUCAACUCGCUGGAGGACAGCUACGGGCAGGAGUGGACAUACUGGCAGCGCCGCUAUCAGCAGUACACCUGCUACACCGUCUUCUUCAUCAGCAUUGAGAUGUGUCAGAUCGCUGACUGCCUGAUUAGAAAGACCCGCCGUCUCUCAAUGUUCCAGCAGGGAGUCUUCAGGAACAAGGUCUUGAUUUCUGCCAUCAUCUUCCAAGUCUUGCUCGGUAACUUCCUGUGUUACUGUCCAGGAAUGCCCAACAUCUUUAACUUCAUGCCCAUCCGCGGCCAAUGGUGGGUCGUCCCCAUCCCCUUUGGGAUCUUAAUAUUCGUCUACGACGAGAUCCGGAAACUCGGAGUUCGGAGACAUCCAGGAAGUUGGUGGGAUAAAGAACUCUAUUACUGACAGCCUCAUGAAAUAGACGAUGCCUCCCUGCCCGAUUUUACAUCGAUCUGCGAGAGUUGGGAACUCUAACGCCUCCUGCUGUUCUGUUUCAUGAGUGAAGGCCAUGUGUCCCAUACACACAGUUAUUUAUAAAGUAGAUAGUCUAUACUUAACCAUACCUUCAGCUCCUGCUGCUAGCUGCAUGAUUUUCUGAAAGCGAUAUGAUCUCCAGCGUCGGCUGUCCUGCGUUUAUUUACGCUGAAUAAAUUUCUUCCAAUGGAAAAUCUGCGCUGUAAUUCUAGAUACUCACCAGGCAUUCUCCUCGUGGGCCUGAGCUCCACACACAGAGGAUGGGCUGAUCUCGUGGUCUAUCUUGAGGGAAGGGAUGGGUCUCUGAGCUGAUCUGACACCAUAUGGGCUCAGAUACUCCAAGUACACACACAACUGGACAAACGCAGGGUCCUUCCUCACUCUUCCCCCCUCACUAUCGCACCGAGGGAUGGAUGGAUACGCAUGCAGCACUCUCCUGAUCAGAGCUACAACUCUUCAGUCACUGAGCUGACUCAAUCUCUUGAAUAAAUCCAUGACUGACUCUA